AUGUUAGCCACGGGUUCAUCACUCAGUGUGAACAGUCGAAAUAAUAAUAAUACAACAACGACGAUCAAUGAUCCUACGAUGAGUCUUCUUACAAAAAAUAAUCUACUUGCUUUUCAUCAUUUUCAACAACAUCUUGAUACGACAUCAAGCAAUUCGCCUUUGGUACCAACAUUAUUAGCUGCUGCAGGUGCAUCAUCGACACCAUCGUCGUCAUCUUCAAGUUCAACAAUAACAACAACGACCAGCAACGGUAAUGGAACAGUAUCAAGCACUGUUAAUCAUCCUCAUCUAGUUCAUCCAUCGUCAUAUAUGACGACUGCAUCUUCAGCAGACUCCUCGUCUAGUCAACAUCAUCCAUAUGCAUACCUGAAUAUGGUGGCAACAACGGGAAAUAAACUACCGAAUCCACCAGCAAAUCUCGUUGUCGAUUCAAUUUCACAUUUACCUGAAGUUAUUAAUGUACAAUCGUCUUCGUCAAUUAUUGAAUCAACGACAACAAAUAGUAAUACACAACCAAUAUCAUCUAAUGAAUCAAUCACCAAUGAAAAUAUUCAAUCAAAUAGUUCAUUGUCUCAGUCACCGCAAUUAACAAAUACAAUUGUACAAAAUGGAACAUCAUCAACAACGGGUAGUACAACAUCGUCAGGAAGUGUACAAAAACGUUUACAUGUAUCAAAUAUUCCAUUUCGAUUUCGAGAUGAGGAUCUUAAAGCGAUGUUUGCACAAUUUGGCGAAAUUAUUGAUACAGAAAUUAUUUUCAAUGAACGUGGAUCAAAAGGUUUCGGUUUCGUAACAUUUGCAUCGAGUGAUGAUGCUGAUGUAGCUCGCGACAAAUUACAUGGAGCUGUUGUUGAAGGACGUAAAAUUGAAGUGAAUAUGGCAACGGCACGAUCACAGCCAAAGCCAAAACCCAUUGUAGCGAAUCCUUUCGGUAUAAUGAUGAAUACACGACAACGCCCGACAUUAAUUCAAGCUACACGUGCAGCUGCAGCAUUUACAACCGGACUUACUUUACCCGGUGGAUACACGAUUUACCCUGAUCAAUUGGCAGCUUUAAGUGGUUUAACAGCCUAUCCCAUCAGUGCCCAACCACAACAUAGUGUUCGAUACAUAACAACAAAUUCGCCACAUGGUCUAUCUGCGACAGGACAACCAACUGGUACCUAUACAAUUGGUGUAUUGCCAAUGAGCAAUGGUGUAGGUGGCCCAACUGGAUACAUAUUCAAUGGACCACCGACAACAAAUAUGGCUUCAGCUGCUGCUCAACUUGGACAUGCCUAUCCGGAAACUACCUAUAUCACUGCAACACCAACUGGAACCAUCGGUCCUAUCACCGGUAUGCGUAACAAUGUUCGAUAUGCACCCUAUUAA